UUUGCCUCCCAUCGAAGCCUCACCCUCAAACCCUCGUUCAACCUCGACGCCAACUAACUCCGUCGGCGAUGGCUCGGUGGCUCCUCCCUUCCCGUGGGCUUCUCCGCCUCAAAUCACUCGCUCCUUCGUCCGCUUCUGCCCUAAUCUCCCGCUCCUACAUCUCGGAGAUGCGCCGCUCCGCCUUCAAGGAGAACCUCCUCCGGAUCCUCCGUACCGAGAUCGCCUACGAGGUCGAGUCUCGGCCCCCCUCCCAACUGGAGGCCGCGUUCCGGUCCUUCGACGUCGAUGACCGGCCUGGGGAGCAGUGGAUCAAGCUGCGGUGGAGCCGCGGUCGGGAGGAGAUCAAGAUCGAGGCCACCAUGUUCGACGGCGCCGCCCCCUCCACACGGUCGGCCGCACCUUCGGAGGUGGCAGACGCGGGCGAUGCCCGCCUUCAUAUCACCCUCAUGGUUGAGGUGUCGAAGGGCGACGACUCGGAGUUCGCCCUCCAGUUCGCUUGCUCGGCCUGGCCCAAUGAUAUUGAGGUCGAGAAGGUCUUUCCUGUCCGCCGUGGGCAUGCGACGCAUAGGCAGUACAUGGGUCCCAACUUCAAGGAAUUGGAUGAGGAGAUGCAGGAUACUCUUCUGGAGUACUUGGAGGAGAGAGGGGUGAACGAUGAUCUCGCCGGAUUCUUGCAUGGCUACAUGGCGAACAAGGACAGAACAGAGCUGGUUCGUUGGUUGAGGAAUAUCGAGACCUAUGUGAAGAAAUAGAUAAAUGGUGGCCAUGUGCACGAAGCUCCCACCACCACAAGAUUGGGAAGGGUCAACAUAUGAUGUCUUACCUCUGCGAGCAGGAGGCAAUAUCCUGAUCACCCAGGUUGCGAAAUUGCAAGCUUAACAUAGUGCCAAGGCUGACCCCAUAGUAGGAUUACAUUGUGGGAGAAGAGAUGGAGAGGCACAGUCUUCCUGUUUGGUGCUUGCCUCCCCCAUGAUUAUUAAUUGUUCACCUUCGCACAGUGAAUGUUCACUAUGGACUGGUUGGAAAAUCUCAGGGAAAUUUGUGACAAGACAGGGAUUUAACUGAAAGUGAUUUGUGUCAAUUAUCUUUUUAAUCA